AUGAAAAGACUUACUUCGCCGGAAAAUGUCUCGAAUCCUCGUGAUUUUCUAGAGACGAAAGUACCAGAACUUUCAGAUCUUGAUUCAUUACUUCGAUGCCAUAUUUGUAAGGACUUUUUGAACACAUCUGUUCUAACGCCAUGUGGUCAUAGCUUUUGUUCCAUUUGUAUUAGAAAAUACCUGCAGCAAGAAAGCAAAUGUCCUUUGUGUCUUACCGAGCUAACCGAGUCAAUGCUUCAAAAGGAAUUCCUUGUUCAAGAAGUUUGUGCAAGUUACACUAAACUGCGAGAAAAGCUACUAAAUCAAUUGACACUACCAGUAGAUAUAGAACGCUCAAAAAGCGAAGAAAUAGUAUUACCUGAUGAUGAUAUUUCUACGGACGUUGAAGUUGUUGGCCAAAAGAUACCGUCUUAUAGUGCAGUCUCCUCGCCGAACAUUAAUAAAAAGAGAAAGUCCAGUGGUAUAACAUCCUUGCUAAUGAAGAAACCUGAUAUGAGGCAUGUCAAAACUGCACAAUGUCCUAUAUGUUUGAAAUACCUUCCUCUGUCGGAAUUGGAAGGUUCUCAUAUUGAUAAGUGUCUGAACCAGGAGACGUCUUUAGAACGAUCAGACUCUUUUGAAAUCUUGGAAGAACAAACUCAACCACCAAAACCACAGGAAAAGGUAUCAGAAGAAGUUAUCUCAUAUCAUAACGACAGGUAUUUAAAUUCAGGCUUUAAGCAACGAAAGGAAAAUAGACUACCGAGGUUAGAUUUCCAAUCACUUUCUACAGCACAAUUAAAACAAAAAUUGUCGAGUCUUGGAAUUCCUUACAUUGGAAGUAAGCAGCAAAUGAUUGCGAGAUAUAAACACUAUGAAAUGUUAUGGAAUAGCAACUUCCUAGACUCGAUAGAACCAGUUGAUGAGACCGAAUUGAAGCGUCGGUUGGCUAGUUGGGAGAACAGCCAUAACCUAGACCAUCCCACAAAUAGCACCAGUAUCACAAACUUAAUAAGAGGGGGUCGGCGUGAUAAUCUGGCGAGCUCGAUGUUGAAAUCUUUUAAAACUGACAAAUUUGAUAGAAAAGGGUGGAUGCAUUAUCAUGCCUCUACUUUCAAAGAGUUGAAAACAGAAGCCAUGGCAUCUAAGAAUCAAACAAAGGCAGAAGAAAACAGAGAUAAUGAAUCUAAGGACGAGUAA